AGUUACUGUCAUUCAAAAAAAAAAAAAGAAUUGAGAUAAAAGCAACAUAAUGAUAUUCAAUAUGUCAAGUAAAACACGCGUGGAGUGGGCAUUUCUAAAGCUUGGGGUCAAUAGGGCGAGCAGAACGAAAAUCCACAUUGUUUGUUCAUUAAACGCCGGAUGCUCUUUUUUUUUUUCCCUUUAGCGGAAAUUGGUUUACGAGCUGCUGUGCUCCAGCUGUAGAGGAAAAGCAGAGUGAAUUUUAACUAAGGACGUGAUCCAAGGGAGUGCAAUUAAACAAUGAAGUUUGCUUGCUGUAUGCUGCUGUUAACGAUUGUGCAGAUCAAAGGAACGGCAGAUAAUCUUCGUCUGAUUAAUUCUGCUGCUCAUUAUUGGCCCUUAAAUCGUCUUAACCGCCUAACUGAUUUAAAAACCAACCUUACAGGAGUCAAACAUGGCAAAAUCGAGAACAUUCUUUAUAAAGGGCCUGGGAACGGAUUUUUGUAUACGAAUGGAAGAGCCUGGGUUGAUCUUGGAAACUUCACAGGGUCCUGCAUUGCGGAACCUUCAAGAUGUAGGGAAGCAUUGACAGUUUUUCUAUGGUUGAAAUAUUUCCCAAAUAGGAACAAGAGAUACUUUGUGGGGACUUCGAGUCACCUGACAUACUCAGAAGGUUUUACAAUAUAUAAGCAAUCUGAUGACAUAGCGAACAACACCAUUGUUCUAAGAGUUAACGAUGGGCAAAGAGAAUGGAGUGGGUCCUUAACCCUUAUACCGAAAGUAUGGUCACACGUGAUGUUCACAUGGGAGCCAAAAUCGGGGCUGGCGAUAUUUCAGAACUGCAACCAGAUGGCUCUGGCCUCACGAAGUAAAGUUAAAACGUCGACGAGAAACAACCAAUCAAAUGUCUUAGAACACCAUUUGAGUUUGUCUGGGACACAAUUAAGCCAUUCUGGUGUUGGUGCUAGAGCUGUGUACGAAGAUCUAACAGUGCUUUAUCGAAAGAUGGAGUCUCAUGAGAGAAACUGGAUUUGCCGUGAUAAGUUAGAAGCACCAAAAUUAAACUCCACCUGUGAAGGUUCCACGAGAUGGCUGUCAAUCAGAUGGACUCCUCCCCUUAUGACGUAUGACAUACUCAGUGGGUACAAUGUAUGGUGGUGGAACACCUUCUUAAACUGGACAAAAUUUAUCUCAAGGACCGAGAAACUGACACUGAAUUUCACUGAUCUUGAUCCCGGAUCACUGUACAAAUUUCGCAUCCAGAAUGCUUUUCGUUUUUCUGUUGGAGCAUCAAGCAAGAUAGUUGAGUGCUGGACCAAAACUGAAGUUCUAGGCAAUCCUCUCAACCUGACUGUGGAAAUGAAAUCACACGUUAAUGUCCUACUAAAGUGGACAGCACCCUCAGGAAGAUAUGAGGAUAUCAAGGGAUAUAAGAUUAGGUACAACGAGGUAGAAUCUAAAAGAGAACCCACAGAAAUCAGGGCAGGGCCGUCAACUUCAUUUCUCCUAACUGGACUAAGUAUGAAUACAAAAUACAGGGUGCAAGUGCAAAGUUAUGGCGAUCAACGUUUUCUUGACAGUACUCCAGCAGUAAUAACAGUAAAGACAGAAUAUGAUGAUAAAUCGUCAGUUAAGGACAAGCUCUUGCAAAUGGCUGGACCUAAAGCCGUUCAUGUCACAUGGCAAAGACCACGAGAUAAAUACAAGGUGUUUGCCUACCGAGCAUUUGUCAAGUGGGAGGAUCUUGAAGGACAAAAGCACGUUCGCGAGGUGUAUGAUGGGAACGCGACCUCGUGUGUUUACUCCAUGAUGGAUGUUCCACGUAGUCAAAUAAUAUAUAUCAUGGCAUACGAGGUACAACGUAUUGCUCUCGAGCCUAUCCUUGAUCCACCGAUGGACGUUAACAUCGUCUCUCGAAGCUGGUCUCACGUGGUGUUAAACUGGAGUUCACCCUUCUACGACAGAACUGUCGACUUUGCUGAUUCGUAUCGUCUGACCAUCUGGUCAAACAAGGACAAGAUUUCUAUAACAACCAGUAAGACGCAUGCUCGUAUUAAUGGCCUGAAACAGCUGACCAACUAUUUGCUAAACGUGCAGGCUUGGAACGAAUUGGGUUUUGGACCUUUUCUUCCCAAAGAUAUGAGCUUCAGAACACCAGACUACGACGAGUGCGUCUACAAUACUCACACGUGUCACGUGAAGGCCACGUGCAUCAAUACUGAUGGAUCGUACUUAUGCGAGUGUCAGCCUGGAUACAUUGGGACCGGGAGAAAUUGUGAAGAAAUUCCAGAAGGGUUAGGCGACGAGUCCUUCUGUCCUCAAGAAAAUUACGUCGGCAUUGAAUGGAGGAGAACAAUGGUCGACCGUGAAGACGAAGCGGCUUGCCCCAAAGGGACUGUCGGCGUGGCCUUGCGGCGCUGUACUGGAACUCCUGCGGUCUGGGAACUACCUGAUCUUGGCGAUUGUGUUUCAAGGUGGAUGUCGGACAUUAGUAAACAGCUAAACAACCCAAAUGUCAGUCUAUCUUUGUUAGCCAAUCAGCUUUCAAGCUUGACUGACGUCAAGUCUGGUAAACUAUUAUAUGCUGGCGACCUGAAGUUACUGGUCGAUGUCAUUGGUGUGUUCGCAAAGAGGGGGUUAAGAAUUGAGAAGAACGAAACUUCAGAGGCUUCAGAGGAAUUUGUUAAGGAUGUCGUUGGCACUGCAAGCAACAUUUUGCACGACAAAAACCUUUUGUCUUGGCAGUACAUGCCAAAGGAUUCCCAAACAGAGAAGGCAAGUUCGCUUAUUGAUAGUUUAGAUGUGGUAGCCUUGGACAUGGCCAACGCUUCGCAAAGUAAAUCAGCUGAGACGGAAAAUAUUGUGAUUAGCGUGGAGUCGUUACAGAAUGUAAGAACAAAAAAAGUUCUUGUUAUGUCACAGCGAACAGAGAAAGGAGACGAAUCCUCCAGGAAUGUAGUCUCCUUUCCGAUAUCUUGGCUAAGGGGAGAUACCUCAUCUGGUCCAGAGCCUGAUUUUGCCACGCUUGUUUCCUUCAAAACCCUUGGACCUUUGCUGCCACCAAGAGGAAAGCAGAGGAAACAGAAUUACCAGAUGACAGAUCACGCAUCUAUAAACUCUGCUGUCUUAUCGGUAAAUCUUCGUCCACUUGCUAACAAAACGUUCAAGGAUCCUGUGGCGAUAACGCUGCGUCACUCUGUGGACGGCGGAGGGAAAACGAAUGAACCAUCAUGCGUCUUUUUGGAGACAGACAAAAACAUAAGCUGGUCGGACGCAGGAUGUGAAGUAAAUUCUACAAAUCUGACCCACACCGUAUGUCACUGCUAUCAUCUCACAAGUUUUGCUGUCUUGAUGAGCGUCAAAGAAGACGUGUCAACCAGAAUAUCGAAACCUCAUCAGCUUGCUUUAACGCUCAUCACUUAUGUCGGGGCGAGCAUAUCGGUUGUAGCAUUGUGCCUAGCGUUCCUGACGUUCUUCUUCUUCAGGUUUUCCAAAUCUGCCCGUACGUUUAUUCACAAGAACUUGUCGGUUGCUCUGAUCUUGGCGCAGCUUCUGUUUUUGUUUGGUAUCAAUAAAACUAAGAACGAGUGGGUGUGUAGGGGAAUUGCCAUGGCUUUACAUUAUUUCUUCUUGGUGGCUUUUGCUUGGAUGGCAAUUGAAGGAGUCAUGCUCUACCUGAUGCUUGUGAAAGUCUUUCACACCAAAACUGCACCAACAAAGAGCAAAAAGAUUUUCUUCGUCAUCGGAUGGGGUUUACCUGUAGUGAUAGUUGUCACUUCUGGAGUCUUGUUUCUUGAGGGAUAUGGUACUCCCGCUUACUGCUGGCUUUCUCUUGAGCGUGGUUUCAUCUGGUCGUUCGUUGGACCUGUUUUAUUGGUGCUUGCAUUCAACUUCGUAUGCCUGGGGAUUACUUUUCAUGUUAUGGCAAAGUCGGGGCCAUCAAGUAACAGGAAAAGAACAAGCAGAAUACGACGUUGGUCAAAAGCGUGCGUGCUCCUGACUUGUAUUCUUGGUCUUUCAUGGAUGUUUGGAGUGUUCUAUAUCAAUCAAGAAUCACUUUUUAUGGCCUAUUUUUUCACAAUAUUUAACACACUUCAGGGUUUGUUCAUCUUUUUAUUUCACUGCGUUGGAGAUGAAAAGGUUCGCCGUGAGUAUCGUCGAGUGUUGUGUUGUCAUGAAGAAGACAAGCGCUACUUGUUAACGAAACCAUCAAGUUCUGAAUCCGGCAAAUCAGACUCUCGCUCCAAAUCAAAGAGGGGCUAUGUUGACAACUUCAAGGGAAAAAACCAAACAAUGAGCGAUUCAGCUGACUCACUAGGUACCAUAGAGAGCAAAAGGAAUACGUUUGUUGUGCAUGUCACAGAUGGGCAAGUGCGCGUGCGUGGAGUUUCAACCGGUGAACACAGUAGGAGUCUUGUAAGAAACCUGCGUUUGAGCGGAGAAAGUGGUUCGAGUUCAGAACAAUCGACCAAUCAUAUUCAGCAUCAUGACAGCAAUAGAAACUCAACGGCGUCAGCAGCUAGAGAGGCGUCAGAAAAUACGCGACAAAACCAAAGAUAGACAAGAACAUUAACAGGACACAACUACUAUGCCUUUGUUACAUAACAAUGUACAGGUUAUUUCCCUUGCUCUCAAGACCUGAUAAAGCUGCAGUCCUACCUGCUCGAAGUAGGUUCACCGUCAAACAUGGUUUUCCAACUCAAUAGUAGAAGUAUCGAACGACAGGCACGUAGUUGUUUCUAAGAAAAGCAACCAAAAUAUAACUGACGAAAUACUUUGAUUGAGAAAUUUGUCCAAAAAAUUAAUUUUUUUUUAUGAAAAAAUACUAAACAAAUGAAAGGCCGUUAAAUUUUCUUAAAAGCUUAGUAAAAUGGUUUGGCUGUUAAAAAACAAAACAAAACAAAGCAAACAACAGCAAGGGAAGAACAGUUAUGGAUGCAGUGUAAAUGUUAAAACUAGGCUCUUAGGCUGUGUUCACACUGGGUGCUCGAGCACGGUGUCGCAGUACGAUUCUUGAUGGCUACUAAUGUGAACACACCUUUUUUAAAGUACCUACGCCAGAAUUCGGGUACCGUGCCCGUGCCUGAGUACAAGGUCAAUUGUAAUUGCAAUUGUACUCGGGCACUGAUAUAUCGGGUACCCAGUGUCUGAACGCAGCACCAUUUUGUGCCGGUGCCCAGGCACUAAUGCUCGGGCACCAAGUGGACGAGAAGACUUUUGGACGAAGAGACUUCUGGACGAAAAGACCGUAAUUCGUGUGAACGCAGCCUUAAACAGUUUAGGUAGGCAUUGGCAGCCGUAAAGUGUAUAGCUUGUAAAGUAUAUUCCCUUCUGGUAGUUUUAUAGAUAUUUUAUCGCAAGACUAAACAAGCGUGCUUUGUACAUCUUACAGUAAAUAAAGUGUUUAUCAAC